AGUCACACAUGUCGGCUGAGAAGAUACAGGAAGUGUUUGUUUAUUAUUUUGCGUGGUGUUUUAGUUCUUCCAACGAAGGUAGCGGUAACAAGAAGUUACCAAUAGAUAUAUUGAUAGGCUGUAUAAUAUCUUCAGGAUAUCGUUCAUAUCGUUCAUUCUGCCAAGUUUGUUUGGUUUGCUGGAGUCACAGGACAGACUCAACAUCUGCAUAUCUAGCCAAUGCACUGAAGAAAUCUGAAGGAUACGUUUGGAGAAUCUAGUGAAGCUGAAAUGGAGACCGAACAAUCAGAGUGGACAAAGGCAGACCUUCAAAAGCUUCUGGCUACAAUUAAGACCAACAUCACAGACAAAGACAGAAUGAAAGUAUUUUACCAAGGAGUAAAGAGUGUAGAUUGGGAUAAAGUGGCUUUCCCCCCUUUCUCGCCUGAAGCAUGUCAAGAAAAGUGGGAUGAAAUGUGUCGGAAGAUGCGCAAAUUUCGGACCCUCACAGAGCUCGUCGUUGAAGCUGAAGAUGUCAUUUCUGAUCCUAGCCAGAACCAAAAGAUCCAUCCAGAACUCCCGAAAACACCAUUGCCACCCUCUGCCUUGUUUUAUAAGGAAAACGUCACCAAGUUUCAUAAGAAGAAACCAAACCUGAAACCAAGUGCACUAAUGUCGGUGGUAUUGAAAGAGUUCAAGGCACUCCCAUAUGAAGAAAAGGCUAAAUAUAAGAAGAAAUACCAGCUUGCAAAAGAUGAAUAUGACAGAAGCAUGGACAAGUUCAGGGAACAGUAUGAAGAUGCUCCUGUUCAUGGGGAGAAGAGGAAAAAGGUUUCUGAACACACCCAAAAUGGUAAUAAAAGACAUGCGAAGUCUAGAAAGACAUUUCCUGGUGAGCCAAAGAUACCCUCUCAGACUGCCAAUCAAAUUUUCUUCAAAGAAACGUUGAAAAAAACAAACGUCAAAUUACCAAGAACAAGUGAACGCUUCAACAAGAUCCAUCACAUGUGGAAGGACCUCCCUAACAAGGAGAAGGAACGCUACAAGGAUCAAUGUGAUGACCUCUUCAGAAAAUACACAAAGAGGCUGCAGAGGUGGUUUAAGACGUUGACAACAGCAGAACAGAAAGACUAUCGGAUCUGUAACCCCAGUAAAUGUCAAUACCUUGAUGACAAACACUUGAAAACUAACAACACAGAUAUCCACAUAAUAUCAGAUUCAGAAGAUGAAGACAUCGCAUACAGCAGCAGUGAUGAAGGAGAAGAGUGGAGAGGUAAUCGCCGCAGUGCAGCAGUAACAGUGCUGGGGGACAAGCCUCGCUGUAGUCAAAUCUGUCGUCACCACGACAACCACGGACACAUUCGGCCCAAAGUCACCACUUAA